CUCAUUGUUGUGAGAUAACGCCGGCGCGCGAGAACAACUCGAUGAUUGUUAAUUCUCUUGCUUCAUACUUAAAAGUCACCUUAUAUUAAAACUCUCGGUGAUAAAUUAACACUCGACAGUGAACAAAAAGACAGUCAAUUAAAAUGGCUAGUAAAAUUUUAUCUAAACUUUUCUUAAUUACUUUGGCAAACACUCUUAUAAUUUUCGGUGAUUCCACCAACGAUGGCAUCGAUCACGAAAUCAAGACCUGCGCUAAUCAUACAAUGGAAUGUAAUCCUGAAUUACAAGAACCAUGCUGUGAUUCCAGUACCAAAUGUAAAUUAAUAAAUAAUAUGUGGAAAACAAACAGUCUCAGAUAUUUCUGCUACAAGACAAUUAAAAUAGGCGAAGCCUGUGAUUUUGACGACUUCGAUUGCUCGGACGACAAUUUUGCCCGUUGUGACGUCAACAGUACAUGUAGAUGCGACAAUUAUUCAGGAAAUGGUUCAGAUUGCAGUCCAAGUGUAUCCGCGUACUGUAAAAUAGACCAACACUGCAAAGUUGAAAAUUCAUUUUGCCGUGAUGGUUUUUGUAUAUGCAAGCCCGGCUAUAAACAAAAUCGAUCUUCAACAGAAUGUCUACCUAAUUAAUUUCAAUGUUCGAACGUUAAUUACUUUUAAACAUUUUUUAUUAUUUACAAUAUAUUAUAUAUUAAAAAUCAUUAUAAUCUAAUAAUAUAAUAAUUAUUUCUAAUUUUGCGUUGGUGGCGGUAGUUGACACUCGGGGAUUGUUGACAAAGUUUGUUUCAUUUCAAUUUGUUGGAUCUAAAAAUUAAUAAACAAAUAAAUUUAUAAAAUUGAAUAUUUU